UGCCACUACUUAAUGUUUUGUGACGCAAGUUAAUUUUUUCACUCUAUUUUAACAAAAAACAUUAGCACUGCUAGUUGUAAUUCAGACAGAUUGAAAUACUAGUUUUUAGUACUUUAUCUAGAGUAAUAGGUAAACUGAAAGAAUCAGUAUGGAGUUGCCAGAAUUAGGAAAACAGUGUCAGGUCUCUUCUUGCCAACAGUUAGAUUUCCUCCCUAUCAAAUGCCACUUUUGUAGUGCCUUAUUUUGCAAAGAUCACUUUCCUCCGCAAUACCACGACUGCAGUGGAGAUUACGAUAAAGUUGUGGACCAAGGUUUUAGUUUACAGGGUCCAAUGCGUUACCCUUGUGAACUUGAAGGGUGUAAGAAUGGUGAAUUGGCUCCAGUCAUUUGUCCAGCCUGUACAAAGAAUUUCUGCCUUGCCCAUAGACACCAGGUUGACCACAGUUGUCCAUCAUAUGAACCUCCUGUUAACCCCAUGGCUGAAGCAGCAGCGAAGGUUCAGAAGAUCACUGAACGUCUGGAUUCAGCCGAUUCCAAGAAGGGCCAAGGGAGAAAAUCUGAUAAAUUAGCUGCAAAGGUUCAGUUAAUGAAAUUAAAACAGAAGUCUGUGGGUCAAGGAGAUUUACCACAAGAAGAGAGGCUGUACUUUCUUGUGCUUCUUCCCAAAGCCCACUCAGUCACUACCCAAGCUGUUUAUAUCUCACAUCACUGGAGUAUUGGCAAAGCUAUAGAUACCAUAGCUACCCUUUCUAAGGUUCCCAAUCGCAAUAAUUUGACAGGCGCCGACAAGUUGGUACUUUUCCGUGCCAGUGAUGGAUCUCAUUUAGGCUCCAUGGAUUUAACACUAAAAUCACUUGUAGAUGAAGGACAACUUUUCAAUGGUCAGUCUGUAAUCAUGGAAUAUGUUUCUCCAGGCACUGAGCAGUUAGAGUCAUUUAAAACAUAUAAAGCAUAAAUGACAAAAAAUUUUUAUAAUAAAAUUAAAAUGAAUAAAAAUGUUUU